GUCUACCAAUCCUUCUACAUAAGGCUUUAACCCCCGCAUUCCUUUGCGCUCUUCUUUCACUUCUUUCUUCCCAAGCAAUCAAUAUCACCCUUAUUGUUAUCAUCAUAAUUCUAUUAGUCGAGUCCACGCAUUUUCUCACCAUGGCACCAUUCGAUGGCAACACCACAGGCAAGGAGAUUGUCACAGCAUUCAGUAGCAACAUCCAAGGCAAAAAUGUUCUCAUCACCGGUUCCAGCCAUGGAAGCUUAGGUGCUGAGACGGCUAAGAUGUUGGCUUCAGCGAAUCGUCUCAUUCUGGCAGGACGCAAUGAGUCCAAGAUUCGCCCAGUCGUGAAUGAGAUUCGAGAAAUCAACCCAGGUGCCAAAGUGACGUUCGUCCAGGUUGACCUGGCUAGCAAUGAAUCCGUGCGACGAGCAGCUGCAGAAAUCAAUGCUCUCCCGGACUUGGACCGCCUUGACAUUGUCAUUAAUGCAGCUGGAAACAUGGCAGUCAGAACCUUCCAAACCUCUGCAGAUGGCAUUGAGCUCCAAUUUGCGGCUAAUCAUCUUGGCCACUUCCUACUCACAAGCCUGAUUAUGGACAAGAUCCUAGCGUCACCGGCCCCCACUGUCGUAAACCUGACGAGUAUGGGUUAUGAGCUAGGUGAAUGCAACUUUGAGGAUACCAAUUUUGAAGGAGGAAAAACAUACAAUCCUUGGUUGGCCUAUGCUCAAGCAAAAACGGCGAACAUCCUCCAUGCAGUAGGUUUACGCCACAAGUUUGGCAGUAAAGGCCUUGCAGCAUUUGCUGUUCACCCUGGCUAUGUACCGGAUUCUCCACUUCAGGGAAACAACGGCGUGGACAUGGACUUGAUGAUGGAAGGUUAUAAGUUGGCUGUUGCACGCAAUGGUGGCAAAGACGUACCUCCACAGACACCGCGAACACUACAAGAAGGCUGCGCAACUAUCCUCCUUGCAGCACUGGAUCCUACUCUUCGAGAAAAAUCUCCGACGUUGUUCGUGGAAUGCAAUGUCCACCCAGAUAUCAAGGAAUACGCCAUCAACGUCGAUAAUGCAAAGAAACUCUGGGAACUAAGCGAGAAACUAACUCGCCAGUGAUUAUUUAGAUCGCAUUGAGGUCACGUUUGGAUGCUGGUGGUGAUAGAUACAUGGGACUUGGUUGGAAAACGGUUUGACGGUAUUCUUGGCUUCCGCCCCUCCUUCUCUUUAGCAAAUCCAGAACGCCCAGGAAUCAUUAUGAACCUGGCUAUUACUAGAUCGAUCACUUAUUACUCAUUAUAAAAUAAAAUUGCCCAAACCCUACCGGCAAGUACCUCUUACUCGGGGUGCUAGAAGUACCGCUGCUCGUUUAAGCAUCUAGAAAAAUUACCCUCUACCAGUUAAAGAGAUAGCCUAUAAUAAG